GAGAGAGAGAGAGGCGGAGACACAGGCAGAGAGAGAAGCAGGCUCCAUGCACCGGGAGCCCGACGUGGGAUUCGAUCCCGGGUCUCCAGGAUCGCGCCCCGGGCCAAAGGCAGGCGCCAAACCGCUGCGCCACCCAGGGAUCCCUGUUUUUUGUUUUGUUUUGUUUUUUUAGCGUCACAUUUCAGCCAUGAACCUUUAAAUCCACCUCUGGGCUCAGGGGCCUCCCAGUGUCUUUUGGCUAAAAGUAACUGGCAGGUUUGAAAAUCAUUUCACGGUGACCGACCCCCCCUUGCUGGUGUGACAGAGGCUCCUCCCACCCUACCUGCGGUGACUUCUGCCGGGAGCAGAGUGGUGGGCCAGAUGUUGGUCAAUGCCACCGUCGGCGGGAUCCGAGGAACAGUGGCAGCCAUGCCUCCCCUGGCCCCAGCCUCCCCUUCCCCACCACGUUGAACUGCAUGGUGUGGGUGCCCUUGGGACCCCCAAGGAGUGACUGUCUGCCCUUGCUUCGCACCCCCAACAGCAACUCCCUCAAGAUGUCGCUUGAGUGGCUGGUGGCCUGGAGCUGGUCGCUGGACGGCCUGAGGGACUGCAUCGCCACGGGCAUCCAGUCGGUGCGGGACUGUGACACCACCGCUGUGGUCACCGUGGCCUGCCUGCUGGUCCUGUUCGUGUGGUACUGCUACCACGUGGGCCGGGAGCAGCCCCGGCCCUACGCAUCCGUCAACGCCCUGAUGCAGGGUGCAGACGCCAACGGGCUGCAGAACGGGUUCGUAUACUGCCAGUCCCCCGAGUGCGUGCGCUGUGCCCACAACGAGGGCCUCAACCAGAAGCUCUACCACAACCUGCAGGAGUACGCCAAGCGGUACUCCUGGUCCGGCAUGGGCCGCAUCCACAAGGGCAUCCGCGAGCAGGGCCGCUACCUCAACAGCCGGCCCUCCAUCCAGAAGCCCGAGGUCUUCUUCCUGCCUGACCUCCCCACCACGCCCUACUUCUCCCGAGAUGCCCAGAAGCAUGACGUGGAACUGCUGGAACGGAACUUCCAGACCAUCCUGUGCGAGUUUGAGACCCUCUACAAAGCGUUCUCAAACUGCAGCCUCCCGCAAGGAUGGAAAAUGAACAGCACCCCCAGCGGGGAGUGGGUAACCUUUUACUUGGUCAAUCAGGGGGUUUGCGUUCCCAGGAACUGCAGGAAGUGCCCACGGACGUACCGCUUGCUUGGAAGCCUUCGGACCUGUAUUGGGAACAAUGUUUUUGGGAACGCAUGCAUCUCCGUGCUGAGCCCCGGGACUGUGAUAACGGAGCACUACGGGCCCACCAACAUCCGCAUCCGAUGCCAUUUAGGUCUCAAAACUCCAAGUGGCUGCGAGCUGGUGGUGGGGGGAGAGCCCCAGUGUUGGGCAGAAGGACGCUGCCUCCUCUUUGAUGACUCUUUCCUGCACACUGCAUUCCAUGAAGGUUCCGCAGAGGAUGGCCCACGGGUGGUUUUCAUGGUGGAUUUGUGGCAUCCCAAUGUGGCAGCAGCCGAACGCCAGGCCCUGGAUUUCAUCUUUGCUCCGGGACGAUGAGAACAUUUCCCGUGCUGGAGUCGGCGACCUUGGCCACGGGUCAGCCUGGACAACCUGGGGUACAGUCCAGCCCCCACCCGUGCCGUGAUUCCAUGUUCAGAAACCUGCCUCAACAGAAAGUUCUUAUUUGGGGUUUUGAGAUCACGUUGGGUCCCUCCUUCCUUUGGUUGUUGUAAAUGGGAAAUUUUCAGCUUGUAUCUCCUUAGAUUUUUGUUGUUGUUGUUCCUUCCAGUCAUUUGCUUCUGCGAUUCCUUUCUGCCUAAUAGCGCAUUCCUUUGCUCUGUGACCAGAGGCUUGGUCCCUGUCGUCUGCGCCGUCUUGCUACCUGGUUUUUUCAGUGCUCUGAAAUAGAGUAACCAAAUGGUUGUCUGAAUGUAAUCACGUAAAACUCUUUGUGGUCAUCAUAAAGAACAACAAAUGAAACAAAACAAAAAACUGCAAACCAGAGAGCUAGAGACCUUGGCCUCUGUUGCUGUCAUGGUCACACAGGGGACCCUCCAGCCCACCCACCUCCCCCGUGGCAGGGGGAGAGUCUGCAAUCCCCACACCCAGCCGGCGUCAGGGGCGGUGCACACGGCUGGGCCUGAGCAGACUUGUCACCAUCGCUCACCUCACUCUGAACCCCAUCAGGUCCCUGACGGUGGGGAGAAUUUGGCUGGUGGGACUGGAGCCUUCUCUGUAAACACUGCUCUCCUUCCAAGCUGAGUCUGGUGUCCUCGAGAGCCAAGUCAGGGCUCCCACGGAUCAGCUGCAGAACGUGUGAUCUACUUACCU